AGAGAGAGGAGCCUUUUGGGGGCACAGGAUGCAUCCAAAGAGGCAGAGGCUGAUUUCUCAUAAUCUUCACGCUAACGACUUAGCGACACAGCGUCCAUCAAACAUUUGUAUGGCACGUAUGGGGUUAGCCACAUCGGAGACGAUGAUAUUAGCAGCCGCGACACCACAUGGUCCUCUCUUGCUCCUCCUCCCUUUCAAAAAGCCCGGGAAAUGGCGUUCCCUCGUUACAGCUCGCCGUGCUCCCCAUGUCCUGAGGCGCGUGCAAAUUUCUACGACGCGAGGCACCAUGAUCUCCCUCCGUCUUGCACCGUUCACCCUCUUCGUGGGGUUUCCGGAAAGCCGGAGGGGGCUCAAGCUCGCACGGCGCACCGUCCGCCGAGCGAGGAGCGUGUCCUCUGCGGCGGCGAGGGCGGUGGGCGAGAUAGCCGGGUCUGCCAGCGCCGCCGCCGAGGUGCGGCGGUCCAUCGACGCCCACCUCCGGCCGCUAGCGCCGGAGAAGAUGUCCGAGGACGACCGCCUGGUGGACUACGAGACCCUCCUCGUCGCGCGGUUCUUGGACAUCCUCCAGGACCUGCACGGCAGCGACUUCAGACAAGUGGUUGAGGAGUGCCUGAGGCUGUCCGGGGAGUACCACAGCGAUGGCGACCCAGCGCGGCUGGACGAGCUCGGCGCGCUCCUGACGAGCCUGGAAGUGGGCGACGCCAUCAUGGUGGCGAGCUCCUUCUCGCACAUGCUCAACCUAGCCAACAUCGCCGAGGAGACCCAGAUGGUGUACCGCAAGAAGGCGGAGAAGGACCGGAGCGGCAUCGACGAGACGUUCCAGUAGCUGGUGGGCAGACUCGGCAAGGCGCCCCAGGAGGUGUUCGACGCGCUCAGGAGGCAGACCAUUGACCUCGUCCUCACCGCGCACCCCACGCAGUCCGUGAGGAGGUCGCUCCUUCAGAAGCACGAG